CAAAGGUGCCAUGACAUCAGCUCUCUCACACUUUGGAAACUCCAAGUGUUUGCCUUAAAAUCUGACUUCCGGGGGUGGCCACAGUCCCUAUAAAAUGCAAGGACCAAACCGGCCCCUUGCACAGGAGGAAUCCACUCUGCUCCUGCCUCUGCCCUAGCAGCUCAUCCCUGUCCAUAAUGAACAUUUCCACAGUCUGCCUUUUCAUCAUCCUUGCUGCUGCCCUCUUUCUCAAGGCCUCUCCUGCUCCAUUUGGGGCUGACACAACUGUGUGCUGCUUCAGCUACACUGUACGAAAGCUGCCUCAGAAUCAUGUGAAGGAUUAUUUCUACACCAGCAGCAAGUGCUCACAGCCAGCAGUUGUAUUCAUCACCAGGAAGGAUCGGGAGGUCUGUGCUCACCCUGAUGCCAGGUGGGUGAAGGAAUACGUGAACACCUUGGAGCUGCAGUGAGCACUGGGAGCUGAGAGGUCUCUGCCCUGGACAGUCCUGCAAGACCACCCAGCAGAGUCUUAGAUCUAGAAAUCCUGCUGCUGAGAACUAGGACAUACUGGGCCACCUCGGGACCCCUGAAGUUCCUUUUGGCUUGCAAAGCUGUCAUUUAUCCAUUAGGAUUUAGCCAGCCUUAGGGGCAGCUUUGAUGCUGGGACUGUCCCGGCCCUGCAGACCCGCCUUGGUGUAGCCUUGCUCUGUGACAUGUGGCUCAAGUGUCCCCUCAUUGUUCCUCCACUGCUAGGAUGGGAGGAGGAUUUUCUCCCCAGAGCUAUUUGUGGGAAGUGGUUGGUCAAACUUGGGUAUGAAUGUAAAGCCAGGCUGACUUCCAAGUCAACUGGUUGAAUCUUGCCAUGGUACAGUGGCUGCUGUGAGUAAGAUCUGGCUCCAUCAUGGAAGAAGUGGAGCACAGGUUGCUGACAGGAGACUCGUUGUGGAACCAUGUUGUUCAGUCUUGUUCUCAAAAUGCUGUCUGUUGCUGGUGCCAAAGAAUAAAGAUUGUUUUCUCUCUGUGUCAGCUCUGGAAGCUGAUUUUCCCCUCCUGCCAGGAAAAUUAAGGCUGAUGGGACCCCACCACAAUCAUUUUGGGAGAGGCAGGGGAAGAACCAAACUUCCCAGCUGGAAGCACCUCAGCCUCCAUAUCCAUAAACCCCUUCCCUUUCCCCCUGCCAUGGAACACUGAGCCAGAGCUGCUGUGCAGGGAUGCAAUCCAGGCCCUUGCACCCCUUGUCUCCUGCUGAGCAACCUGAGCAGCCACAGACCACUUGGGCUACUUUGAGAGGUCCCCUGAGGCAUCCUCAUCUACCCAAU